CUACAACAAGAGGAAGUGUACAAAAUGGGGAUCAAUUUGACUGAUGUGUUAUUUUCGACUAUUUCUAAAGUUUGUACAUUACCACUACGGGUGGUAUUCCUCCUGUUAGCGAUAUUGUACCUACCGGUAAAUUAUUAAAAUUAGAUAUUGGUCUAACGAGUGGAUUAUACGAUCAAACACGACGAGUUUUAAUUGUGUUAAGUAAUCAUCAUCGCGGCGUUUGGUUAGAAGAAUUUGGCGCGACAUACAAUAAAUUGAAAGAACAUGAGUACGACGUUGUUCUCAGCUCACCAAAUGGUGGUGUAAUUUCUAUCGAUGAAAAAUCGUAUCCACAAAAUGAUGAACAACAACGUCAAUAUCAGAAAGCUAUUCAAGAACUUAAUCAACCAACACAUCAUCUAGAACAUCAAUCUGCUGUUGAUUAUGAUGCUAUAUUUGUUCCUGGCGGUCAUGCACCGAUGUAUGACCUUGUCGAUAAUACUAAACUAAAAGAAUUGAUAAUAGAAUUUGAUACACAAAUGAAACCAAUUGCAUCUAUCUGUCAUGGAGUAGUUGGAUUGCUUAAUGUGCGACGACAAGACGGAAUAUUUCUUAUUAAUGGUAGAACAUUAACAGCGUUUUCCAUUGACGAAGAAUCCGACAUUCAAUCCACUCCAUUUCUUUUAGAAACUCGACUGAAAGAUCAGGGCGCUUAUUA